AUGUCCACUGUGUCACCUUCUUCUAACAGUGCAAAAAAACCUUGGUUUUGCAUAAGUGAGCGUUUACGCCGAGAACUAUUUCCAAACUCUGAAGAGGGUGUCAUAUUACAAGAAAUUGAGCAAAGCGAAAGAUAUAAUAAUAUUGAAAAGCAGACACGAGAUAGAGAGAACACUUCCGAAGAAAAAAUAAUUAAAAUGGAGGACGUUAACGCCGGAAAAUAUGAAUUAACUUUGGAAGAAGAUGAAUUUCUGGAUGAUGAAACGGUCACUUUAACGCCUAAAGAAGAGCCACGAAUACAAAAGUUAUCUGAAACGACGGAAGAAAGCGAUAAUACAGAAGGAGAGUUGGAACAAAUUAAAAUCGAAGAUUGUGAUACUGAAGACGAUGAAGAGGAAGAAGUAGUAGGUAUUCAACGCCGGUCACUUCCACGUCGAGCGACAAAGAAUAUUUUUUAUAAUAGGCCAAAAGAAAUACCAACCCGAAGGUCAUCAACUCGACAGGCGAAAGAGGAAUUUAAAGGACGAGAUAUUGUUUUUGUCGAUCCAUUAGAUUUAAAAGCGAAAUUUUGGUGGCCAGCAAUGAUAGUUCCAAAUGAUGAGAUUGACGAAACAAUGGAUGUUGAUGGCAAACUUGAAAUUCAUUUACUUGCACGAAAAUUUCUUGUUAGGUAUUUUGAAGAUAUGACUUAUUCAGUAGUUGAAGCUAAAGGGUUACGUCAUUUUAGGAAAGAUGGAGAACCUUAUCAAUCAUUUGUAAAAGUAGAAGGAUUUUCUGUUCAUAUUGGAGUUCGAAGAGCAUUGAAAUGCAUUCAAAAAGGAGAACCAAUAAAAGCGUUUAGAUGGGAUUAUUGGAAACGACCAGCCUCAAUUGAAAGUGGAGAACAUAAUUCAUCACAAACUACUAUAAGAAGGCAUAAAGCUAAUGCAACUUCACCGUCGAGAAGAAUAGAAGUUCCAAUAAAUAUGUUUGGUGAACAUUCUACUAUAGCAUCAGAAGGGAACGUACAGAAUAAAGGUAGAACAACUAAAAGAAGUUCGUUAACAAAUCGUCAUUCAUCACAAUCAACAGAAGAAAAUACAUCCGGAUCUCCAGCAUCGGGAAUGGAUAUAGAUUCCGAAAUAGUUAGUCCUACCAGGCGAAAUUCAUCAUUAUCUAAUGGUCGGAAUUCACGGGGUAUUACUUCACGUAAGAAUUCAAUUGUAAAAAACUCCGAUGAAGAUGAAUCACCGAAUAAAAAAAUACCGAAACGAAGACGUAGUACGGCUAGUGAAACAUCUGAUGGUAAGCGACGUCGUAAUAUGGUAAAUGAAAAUACAGAUAAAUAUGAAGAGAAAUCAGUUCGUAGUACUUCUAGUGAUAAAUCUGAUGGUAAACGUCGUCGUAGUGUUGGAAGUGAUAAAUCGGAUAGAUCCGACAGAUCUUACCAAGCAAAUAAUAAUUGUCGAACAAAUCGGACACCAAUUCGAAAAAAUAAUAGUUCAUCUCUGACAGAAUCAAUGGAUCAAGACAACUCUACUACAGUUACAUCACCAAUUUCUCUUGUCGGAUCUACGAUUGUUGAUGAACCAUCAGAGAUUGAGAAUGGAGCCAUACCUUCAGUAAAUAGCCCAAAUGAGCAAUCCGAAGAACCAAUAGAAAUAAUGGAGGAAGAAUCUUCUUUUACCUUAAAUAAACAAGAAGAACUCUCAAUAUCCGAAUUAAGCGAUGAAGCGCGAGAUAAUAUUGCACGAUUUAAUUUCGAGAAUCCAGUAUUAGAUAAGGAAGCAAAAGCGAACUUAUUCGUAGAAGGUAUAAAAGAAUUGAAAGAACUCUGGCGAGAUUAUCGAGAAUCAAAACGACAAAUGAAAAAAAUUGAAACAGAAUUGCGUCUUAAAAAGUUAACAGAGUUAAGGGAAGAGACUCAAGUGGUCACAAGAAGUAUUACACGAAUGUCAAAUGGUAAACGAUCCAGUUCGUUGUAUUCAAUGUGA